UUCAAGCGUAGAGGCCCCUGACCGUCCUGGGCCCCCCGACGACUGGACAGAGCAAGCCCCUUGAGAUGGGGACGGUUUGGGGGGUGGAGAGAAAGGACCCCCAGGGCUGCCGGGGGUGGGGAUAAAAGACAAGGAUGCGGACAGUUGGGGCACGUGAGGUUGGGAACACGUGGAGGACUCUGCACCUGUGGGCGCAGCUGCACGUUAGCCCAGUCUAGACGAGGCUGCAGGUGUGUGAGCUUUAGGAUGGGCAUUUUUCUGGCCAGAGAUCAGAACCAGACAGUAGUAACUUUGGGAAGGAGCUACAUGCCUUGAAGUCGUGUUUAAGUUUGGAUGACUCUUGGAGGAGUAAGAAAAGCUACUGAAGACGUGCCAGAACUGCCCCCUGAAGACUUGUAUUUACAAUAGAUUGGAGUAACAUCAGCACUAUAAUGGCCAUAGCUGGACUAACGUUACUUCUAAGAAGUGUUCGACUGACAACGAAAUUUACAAGUUCUUCUGAUAUUCCAGUAGAAUUUAUAAGAAAGAAUGUUAAAUUACGUGGACGUUUACGCCGAGUAACGGAGAAUGGUUUAGAAAUUGAACAUAUUCCCAUUACUUUACCUAUUGUAUCUUCAUGGAGAAAAGAACCAUGUGGUGCUUUGCUUGUUAAGCUGGCUGGAGUAGAACUCACAGAAACUGGGAAGGUGUGGUUACAAGAGGAGCUAAAACCUUCCCAAGUACUAUGGUUUCAGCUUCUUGGAAAAGAGAAUUCAGCACUCUUUUGCUACCUUUUAGUGAAGAAGGGUAGAUAUUUUAGUGUGAGUCUGAACGAAGAAAUUUUGAGAAGAGGCCUUGGCAAAACUGUUCUUGUUAAAAGUCUAAAUCAUGAUUCGAAAAUCUACUGGACAAUUCACAGAAACUUACUUAAAGCCGAAUUAACAGCUUUAAAGAAAGGAGAAGGAAUAUGGAAGGAAGAAUCUGAAAAAGAAAACUAUUUGGAAAAUUUCAAAGACUCCUGGAGAGAAAUGUGGAAAAAAGACAGUUAUUUAAAAAAAAAGGGAUUGGAUUUCAACUUGAAAAAAGAAAGUUAUUAUGACAAAUUUAGAAGGACUUAUGAAACUUGGAAAGACAACAUGAAUAACUACUCCUUAAUACUGAAGUUUAGAGAACUUAUGAGUAGCAUACGCUUUCGUAGAAAAGGGUAAAAUAUUGCAAGAGUUCUGGAAGUGUCUACUCCAAGGAAAAUAUGUAAAUAUAUGGAUUUUUUUUAUUGAAUUGAACUGGAAAUUUGCCCCAUCCAUCAAAGCUAUAGUCCAAUAGAUUUAGGUAUUUAAGAGAUGAUUGUUAUAAGUGUAAUAUCAGAAUCAUUUAAGCAAAUUGUGAUUAAUGAAAUGUACCUUUUGGAAAAAUGAAACACUAUAAAAAGGAUGAAAAAUACAGUUUGACAAAAGAGUUUAUCGAUUGGCUUUUGUGUUAUUUUAGUUAUUUUGGGCAUUCAAUUUUUGCUUAAUGGGAAUA